AUGACCGCCAUGAUGCAGACGCAGACGCAGACGGAGACGCAGGCGCAGGCGCUGGCCCAGCAGCAUCCGCGGAUGCACGUCAAGACUGCGGGGCUGCCCAACAUUCUCAACCGGGAUGGCCCGCCACCAAUGCAGAUGCAAAACGGUCCACCUUUGCAGUUGCGCGACUCUGGCUUCUACUCGACCGCCGAGGCUUCGAGCAAACACACGUCGGCCGCGUCCUUCACCAUCAACGGCCUCAGCCCAAGCGGGUCCGGCUACCGAUCGUCGUCGGUGGACAAGACUCCCUCCCCGGUGGCCGCCAACAUGGUUCCCCAUGCUCUCGUCUCCCCCCCGGCCAGCCACAUGAGCGUCGCGUCCAUGGUGUCGCCCACGAGCCCCGGCCACGACCCGCGGCGGCUCGACAAGUCGACGUCGCUCGAGCCGCUCGGCCACAACGGCGCCGGCCUGGGCGACAACUUCGCCGCGGGAGCCGCGGGCGCGAGGCGCGAGAGCGUCGACAGCAGGAUGAACCAGGGCUUCAGCGACAUGCGCCUCGGGAGCGCCUCGUACGCGAGCAACAACCAGUCGACGGGCUCGAUCCAGAACACGCUUCACUCGCAGCGAAACCCGCGUCCCGGGCUCGACUCGCUGUCGGUCCACCGCAUCUCCAACGGCUACCAGCCGAGCACGGAGCGGAACCCCGAGGCCAAGACGGUGACGGUGAGGACGGCGCCGGCCAUCACGGGACCCGCCACCGGACACAUCGCCCGCGCCGCCGAACCGACCAAGGGCCAGGCCUGGGCCUUUCCCGAGGAGGAAAUCGCUCGCAUCGGGCCCCCGGGCUUCGACGAGUCGCGGCGCAGCAGCAUCACCGAGUCCAUCGCCAGCAGCCAGUUCACGACGGAGUCGCGGCUGCCGCCCGGCCAGCGCAGGCUCGACGACGGCCAGGAGACGGGCCAGCCGUCGCAGGCUUCGGCCGAGUACCCUUCGGUGCACCACCACAGCAUGCAGCACAAGCAGGUCAACGACCUCCAGGCCGACGAGGGCUCGGGCCCCGGCGGAGGGCAGCCGUACAGCCGGACGCCGGAGCUGCGCGUGAGCCACAAGCUGGCGGAGCGGAAGCGACGGACGGAGAUGAAGGAGCUCUUCGACCAGCUGAGAGACUUGAUGCCGCAGGAGCGUGGCUCCAAAGCCUCCAAGUGGGAGAUUCUGACCAAAGCCAUUGCGGAGCAUCAGCGACAGAGCGAACACCUCCGGAUGCUCCAGUCGCACUACAACACGGCGCUCGCCGAGAACGAGAUGCUGCGACGCGAGCUGCACGGCGCGAGGAUGGAGGGCGCCCACGCCGUCGGCCACGGUCCGCCGCACGGCCCGCCGCCGCCGGCUUCGUCGCACCCGCAGGGCACGCAACCCGGACCCUACCCGGCCGAUCCCUACGCCGGCACGAGCCGGACGGAGCUGCCGCCGCUGCGAUGCAUCAGCGGCGGCAUCGCCCUCGGACCGGACUCGAUGACGGGUGUCCAGUACGAGGCCUCGCGGCCGAACGGGUACCGGACCGACAGGUACUGA